UGGAUCCGGGAUGUCUGGACUCGUAACGUGAACGAAAGCUGUAUAUAGAAAAAUACAGCAGAAGGGACAAAGCCAUCCUGGAAGAAGGGCAGGCUACAUAACAAACAUUCUAUAACAGAACAAGAUCAUGGGAGGCUGGAAAGCCCCACUUGGCCUUAGAAUUGAAUCAAGAGAUCUUGAAACAUUUUGCAAACUAAAAAUCACAUUAACACUAUAAUGUUUAGCUGCUUCUAGGUAAGCUAUAUCACCAGGAUUACAGCCCCCAGCAUCCCUACUCAAGCUUUUGAACCAGGAAGAGGAGAACACAAUACCAAACUGAAUCUGCAGAGGGAAUUGAGCUAAAUAAUUCAGCACAAACCAUGAAUUACGUCGGGCAGUUAGCAGGCCAAGUAUUUGUCACUGUGAAGGAGCUCUACAAGGGAUUAAAUCCUGCUACAUUGUCUGGAUGCAUUGAUAUAAUUGUUGUACGUCAGCCAGAUGGAAACCUCCAAUGUUCCCCUUUUCAUGUGCGCUUUGGGAAAAUGGGGGUUCUGCGUUCUAGGGAGAAAGUGGUUGACAUAGAAAUUAAUGGAGAAUCUGUAGAUUUGCACAUGAAACUAGGGGACAAUGGAGAAGCGUUUUUCGUACAGGAAACAGAUAAUGAUCAGGAGGUAAUUCCUCACCACCUUUCCACAUCCCCCAUUCUAUCAGAGGGAGUUGCUCUAAUGGAAUCACAGCGGAAGAGGAACUCAAUAGACUGGGUCAGGAGCUUGGACAGUAGUGGAUCCUCACAAGCACAAACUCAAGUACAUGUUUCUCAGUCUGCUAUAGAAACCUCUUCAGUUUGUGGCUCUGUGAAGAAAAGAAGAAAAAAGAGGAGAAAAUCUACCCAUAAAAUAGACAGCUUGAAAAGAGAAGACAAUGGAGACACUUCAGAAGAUGAAGACAUGUUUCCUAUAGAGAUUAGUUCAGAUGACGAGAAUGACCUAUUGGACAACAGCAGGAAGUCAGUUCCUGAUGUGUGUGUUGAUGAAAUAUCAGAGAAAAAUACUUCUGCGCUCAAUACCCUUUCUCAGUCUGCACCAUAUCCCCAUUCAGAUGGGGAAUGGUCACCCCUUCAAAGUCAGCCUAUAGAAUGCACAGGGCCAUCCUCUCAUCUCACAGUUCCAGCAGAUGGAGGCCUAUCUAGUUCUUGUCCUCAUCAAUCGUCUCGCUUUCCUGCGACAGACAGCCCCUCAGGUUCACGGCCUCCCACUCCUAAAAGUGAUUCAGAAUUAAUCAGUAAAACUUUGGACCGGGGAGCACAGAAGAAUAACCCACAAAUGCAUUGGGCCUGGGGAGAACUACCUCAAGCUGCAAAGUCCACUUCACUCAAGGCUAAAGAAGCUGGUGCGAUGAAUGUAAAUCCUUCUGAAAGCACUCACUUUCGGGUCAUACAAAGUGCUCCUGCAGAAGAGUUUGGCAGUGUAUCUCUUUCACCUGCUCUUGGACAGGCAGAUACUGCAGCUCCUGAUGAAACCGAGCCCCAGCCAGAACCAGUUGAGAUAAAUCAACCAGAGCCUGAGUCUGCAGGAGCAGUUGCAGCACCUCUGCCUGCAAAUGAAGACAUAAAACAAGCUGCAUCUUGCUUAGCUCAGCCAGUUAGCAAAACAGAUUCACCCCUCAAAAAGAAAGAUAAACGAAGUCGGCAUCUUGGUGCCGAUGGUGUCUAUUUAGAUGACCUCACCGACAUGGAUCCGGAAGUUGCUGCACUUUAUUUCCCCCAAAAUGGUGAUAAUACUUUACAUAAUAAGAAUGGAAAUGAAAAUGGACCACGGUCUGCCAAUCAGUCUCCUCAGUCUGUUGGAAGUUCAGGUGUUGACAGUGGUGUUGAAAGUGUCUCUGAUGGAAUAAGAGAUUUGCCCUCCAUUGCCAUUUCACUCUGUGGUGGUCUUAGUGACAACAAAGAAAUAACAAAAGAUCAGUUCUUAGAGCAUGCAGUAACAUAUCAGCAGUUUGUGGACAAUCCUGCCAUCAUUGAUGACCCCAAUCUUGUGGUUAAGAUUGGAAACAAAUACUACAACUGGACAACAGCUGCUCCACUCCUCCUGGCAAUGCAAGCAUUUCAGAAACCUUUGCCAAAGGCCACUGUGGAAUCUAUAAUGAGGGAUAAGAUGCCCAAGAAAGGUGGAAGAUGGUGGUUUUCAUGGCGAGGGAGGAAUAGCACUAUAAAAGAGGAAACCAAGCCAGAACUCGGAAACGGACUUAAUACAGGAGAGGAGUCACUACAGCUGACCAUUACAAAGAGAAUAAAGGAUGAAUCUUCUUCAAGUGAUGAAGACCCUAGAGCUGCCAAACAAAAUAUCGGGUCAUUACAAACAAACUCAAGUCACCUCUCAUUAUUGUCUGGAAUCAGUUACAAGAAGACCCUUCGACUCACUUCUGACCAGCUUAAAAGCCUGAAGCUUAAGAAUGGCCCCAAUGACGUGACCUUCAGUGUUACAACACAAUAUCAAGGCACUUGCCGUUGUGAAGGCACAAUCUACCUCUGGAACUGGGAUGAAAAGGUCAUUAUUUCUGACAUUGAUGGAACUAUCACAAGGUCUGAUACAUUAGGCCAUAUCUUGCCCACUCUUGGCAAGGACUGGACGCACCAAGGGAUUGCAAAAUUGUACCAUAAAGUGAGCCAAAAUGGAUAUAAAUUUCUGUACUGCUCAGCACGUGCUAUAGGAAUGGCAGACAUGACCAGAGGAUAUUUACAUUGGGUCAACGAACGAGGGACAGUACUACCUCAGGGACCUGUGCUAUUAAGUCCAAGCAGCUUGUUCUCAGCCUUUCACAGGGAAGUGAUAGAGAAGAAGCCAGAAAAAUUUAAAGUUCAGUGUCUGACAGACAUAAAAAAUUUGUUUUAUCCUAACAUAGAGCCCUUUUAUGCUGCCUUUGGAAACAGACCUGCCGAUGUUUAUUCAUACAAGCAAGUAGGGGUCUCCUUAAAUAGAAUAUUUACAGUUAAUCCCAAAGGAGAACUUGUACAAGAACAUGCAAAGACCAACAUCUCUUCCUACGUCAGACUAUGUGAGGUGGUUGAUCAUGUGUUUCCUUUGCUGAAAAGAAGCCAUUCUUCAGAUUUUCCUUGUUCUGACACAUAUAGUCAGUUCACAUACUGGAGAGAACCAUUACCACCUUUUGAAAACCAGGAUAUAAAUCGAUCUUUAUCUUAAAUUCAACUCCAGGCUUUUGGCCUUAGUUAAAAGAACUAGCUGUCAUGUAUUUGAAGGUUAUAGUUUGGUUUUUGCCUUGGACACUUCAACUGGAAUUUGUGAUAUUGUGAACAUUCUACCGGUUUGUUAAGAGCAACAUUAGAAAUGCUUUUUGGAGGCUGCAAGUCACAUUUCCAAAUGAUGCAUCAGGACAAAUAUUACUGGGAAUGGGAGUUGUGCUCUCAACUUUACACCCAGCAUGCUCAAACUGUGUCAGUCUUAUUCCAUAAGGUCAAUUGCAGGUGCAAUGAUGUUGAGAUUGCAUUUAAGUGCACUAUAAAUGCUAGUUCAAGUGAAAACAAAAAUGAACUGUGAUUCUAUAUCUUUUUUGUACAGGGAUCUGAUGCAUCCUCAUCCCUUCUAACUAAUAAGGGAGGCCAUAGCAUAUCCCCCUGACACCUGUUUGUAAUGCAUAUAGGGGUUGCUACCCAUGCCGAGUUAAAAUUCCUUUGUUUGAAGGAGAGAAAAAAAUGGGGAUAAAUUAUCAGGUGGUGCAAAUUGGCAAAGAAUCAAUGAGAUCAACACAGCUAUGUGAAGGUAUACCAGCUAUAGAUCUGAUGUAUUAUUUUGACAUUAUCACGCUAUCACAAGUAAUGCAUGAUGUGAAUUUAAAGUAAGGGUGAUAAAAAAGUAGUGUCAGAUUCUGCUACCCUUACUCACAUUGAGUAGUACCUUACUUCAAGAAUAGUCCAUUUGGAUUAAGGUACAAUUUAAAAGUGGAAGAAUUAGACCCAUCGUUGAACUCUUGCCGCUACUGAAGUCAAUGGCAAAACACCCAUUACUUUUAGGAAGGCCAGGAUUUCACCUAUCAAUUGCACUGAGCCACUGGAGCCAAGAGCUUCAAAGUACUUGUCAGCACCAGAAAAUGUUCUGUCAAACCUUUCUUUGCCUACUGUGUGCCCUUUACUGGUUAAGGAUGCAUCUCAUGUCUUUACUUUGCAGCCUUUUCCAAUUCUGUAUAAUAAAGAUGUGUGUGUUGGGCAGUGCGUCUUACAUCUUUGUGGAAACAAUGAAAUCUUCUGUUUGUGUUAAGUUCUGUACAUGCAUAUUUCUGUCCUCAUUUGCACAUAUACUCUAUGUUGGUACUGCUUUGUUUUGUUACCUGCAUUUGAAAGCCUUAAGAUUUAAUUAUAUGUGCUGGAAGCAAUAUAAGAGAUCAGUUUGAAGUGUUCUUCAAAUAAUCUGCCUGAACCAAUUGCAGUGUUUCGCUUUAAAAUAUAGACUUCAACUGGCCCUAUAAUAAGUAAUUCUGGAAACGUGCUUGGAGCUAGUAAUAAGAUGUACUUUUUAAAAUAUUUAAAUCUUUUUAAAAAACAUUUAUAGCCAGAUUGCUGUCUGAAAAAAGACUGAACAUGGUAUUGUGGAAUUCCAUAUAUAUUGUACUUCAGCUUCUCUGUACCAGAUGUGCUCAGUUUAAAAGAAACAGUUGAAUUCUGCUGCUGAUUGAAGUCAACAGUAGAUUUGCAAAUGGCAUUAAUGGAAGGAAAAUUGGGGCUCCAAAAUCUGCCUUGUCUAACUGGUAGUGCUGCAGACUCACCCUAGGGGCCAGUUCACCCUUGCCCCAUACGUGGAAUAAUAAUUUGUACAAGUGUGAGGGACAGCAGUGAAUAGGGACCUAAAUCUCACUUCCUGGUGUGAACCCUUAACUCAGUAGAACUGCAAGCUGUGUCCAGCUGAGGCAAAUGUCCUCUUCAGUUAAGUCACAAUUAGAACAAGAGGAGAAAAGAGCAUAUUUGUACUUUCUAAACCCCAGUCGACUUUGCAAGCCUGGCAGCUUAAAAGAAAGCUAUACACUUUGUUUCUUGUAAACUGCACUGAUUUGGUAUGGUGUUUCUGAGAGACAAUCAAUGUGGGCUUCAGGGUACCAAUUAAGUGUGUCACUUCUCUAAGUACAAGCGCACUCAAACCUUUAUUCUUUGUCGGUAUUAUUUAUUACAUUUCAUUAACGUAAUUGGAGUUACUCGAUGAACACACUAUCUGUAUCCUAUCUGCAUUUAUCCUGAAAAUGCUGAUCUUGGUGCAAUUAUUACACACACAAAAAAUCUGGUCAUUUGGUUAACAAACCAUCAGUUUAGCUUCAUAGUGCUUUGGGUCUGAUUUUCAGAGGCACUGAGCAAGUGCAGCAGCUGCAGCAUCCCCCAGAGAAAAUGCCUCUGAAAGUUAGGCCAUCAAAUGUAUUUGUCUAUUUACUAGUAAGUAACAAAUCCAUUCUCUUUAAGCACCUUUGCUAUUGCAAACCAAAUGACAGUGUGAUGAGUAGGUAAUUUACUAGUUUUGAUGUGAAUAUCCUACUGUUUACAGUGCUGUGUACCCCUGUGUAUAUGGAUGUUGCAAUGUUGUUGCAUAAACACAUGCAAAUUUGUUUCACUGCUAGCUAAUACUUAUCAGAUUGGCUCAUGAGAACAGCUUAAAAAAUCGGUCAGCCUGUUCUCAAGACAGAUAUUGCUUUAUUUUUAAAUAUACAGUUUUCUAAAAGUACAUUAUGUUUUGUUUUGAUGGCUGAGCAAUUUUAUGCACACAUCUUUAAAUUGCUUUGUUAAUUCAUAAAGAACAAAAUGAAAUGGUUUAAUGAAUUCUUACUCUUUCUGUGAAAGAAAAAUCUUACUACUUUGCUUUCAGUGUAAUGCUGGUUUCUGUUAUAGAGAGAAUAUGUUUGCUAACAUACUAGAAAUACACAGACCACUAUGUAUUCUAUUUAUAUAAUAAACAUAUUAUAUAAUAAACUAGAAUAUGCAGCGGUGAGGAGUGAGCUAAUAUUUAUUUUCAUGGAUCGGGUGAUCAUGCCGCUCUAGCAGUGUCGCAUGAGAAGCAGGCUAACAGGGGGGCAGAUUCUAUUCUAUUUAUUAAGGUCUAAGUGGACUUAGACACCUAAAUAUGAUUCUGUUCCACCCUUUUCAAGUCCCUAAAAAUCCCUUUAUUCACCUACAUUUGUAGCACAAUAUCAUAUGAGCCUUAAGGCAGAGUCAGAAAAAGCCAGUGAUGAGGAGGAGUAGCUACUCACCUUUUCCAUUCACAGUUUUUAAAGAACGUGAGCUGUGUGGAAUAAAAUUGCACAUGGGGCGUGAGUGCACUUAAGUGCCUAUGGCUGCAAAAAGACAUCACUGUCCUGGGAGAAAAUGGUUUCUCUGGGACAAAAGUGAAAUUGUUCAGACAUUCAUGUCUGUUGUUCUGGGACAAGCUGUAAAGAGGUUCAUGGUACAAGAAAUGCUGAGUUUGUCCUGGGACACCACAAAGUGUGUCUGAAUGGUUAUCCCAGGAUAGCAUCAUUGAAUCAAUGGCAAAAAAGUGGCAGUUCAUUCAGCUGCUCACUAAGCCCUGAUUGGAAGGGUGAUAUUUAUAAACAGCAAUCCUGUGCGUUUUCUGUUCUAGAGCAAACACAGGUGCAACAUAUCCUGGGACAAAUGCAACAUUUGUUCCUAGCCGAAUAGGUGGAAUAGAAUCUGGUCCAUAGUUGUUAUGUUAGUUAUGUAAAGAUUAACAUAAUUUUGGAGGUAGAGAUCAUUUUUUUUACUUUUAGAUUUAGAUAAUUAUUUUUCAGUCUAUUUGUAUACAGCAUUUGCUCUGUAUAUGUAUGUGCUAUUGCAUUGAUGGAAGUCAUUGUAACACCUUGUUUUGAUGUGCUGAAUGCAAAAAACAAACAAAAAAUCAUAAUAAAUACCAAAUGAUGAAAAAU